UGUUACAUAUUCCAGCUUCCGCAAAAAAAAAGAAUAAAAGGAUACAUAUAUUCCAAAUUGUGAAGGAAAUCCUAGUAUAGAUUUUCAACACCUUUUGUAUAGCUCUAUAAAAAGGAAUUAAGCCGCAAGUUGUGAAGGAAACCAUCCAAGUUUCUUGCACAAUCAUAUCUCACUAGCAAGAACUAGAAAUAGCUACCCAAAGGUUAGCUCUAGGGUAUUUCAAAGUUCCCUACAAUCAAAACACACUUAUAGAUCGAGUUUCGCACACAAUUGAACAUUAGAAGGCAGAUCGAAUGGACCGCGUGAUGAAGCUGGCGUCGGAGCGGGCAGUGGUGAUCUUCACCCUGAGCUCCUGUUGCAUGUGCCACACUGUGUCGUGCCUCUUCUGCGACCUCGGGGUCAAUGCUCUAGUGCACGAGUUAGACAAUGACCCUAGGGGAAAGGAGAUGGAGAGAGCCCUCCUCAAGCUUCUCGGCAAGGGCCCGCCUGUCCCGGUAGAGUUCGGCGGCGGGAAGCUAGUCGGUGGGACGAGCAAGAUCAUGUCUCUGCAUCUCGGUGGUUAUUGGACGACUUGACAACAGUGCUAUAUCUGCAACUGGUGCAAAGUUAGCAUUCAAAUCUAAUGAAGAAAUUGCUGUCGAAGUUGCUACAAUCCCAUUGGACGAAGUCAUUUCGGAUACUGAGCGAGUGGUUAUGAUCAAAAUUGAUGUUCAAGGUUGGGAAUACCAUGUUCUGAGAGGUGCAUCAAAGUUGCUCUCAAGGAGGAAAGGUGAAGCUCCCUACCUUAUAUAUGAAGAAGAUGAGCGCCUACUGCAGGCGAGCAACAGUAGUGCACAAGAGAUAAGGGCAUUUCUUGGUAAUGUUGGUUACAAUCACUGUACGCGGCGUGGCACGGAUGCUCACUGCACAAAAGAAUAGACAGAUGAUUUUUGUGUGGUACUUCGACGCUCCUAAGCUGAGGAUUGUAUAUGAACAUUUUAACAGUCAGAUAGGAUAUGCUGAACUGUAAGUUUCCCCUUAUCCCAGGCAGCAGAUCAGAGGUUCAGAUACUUCAUGCAUAUCGUUUUUUCCCAAAUUCAAUGUGCCCUUUCGGUUCUUUUAGGCUAGUAUGUUGAUUGCUGGAUCGUGUAACAUCACAUGUUAUAGAUGCUUCGUAAUGACAUUUUGGCACAUGCUUGUUCC